UCGUUUGCUUCCACCAUGCCUGGCAACGUGAAACUUGGUAGCUCCAAUGAGCCGGAUCCGGAUCCCUUGCCAUAUUUGGCCGUGAGCAUGGACAUGAAACGCCAAGACAUGCUCAAGCCUUACGACCCGAAGAAGUCCUAUUGGGUGCCCGACGACCAAGGCGGGUUCCUUGAAGGACUCCUUCAGUCCGAUGACGGGAAGAAGGCCGUGGUCAUGAUCGGUCACGAGAAGAAAACGUUCAAGAGCGAGUUGAUCGCCCAAGUGAAUCCGCCCAAGUUUGAGAAAUGUGAGGACAUGUCCAAUCUUACCUACUUGAACGAGGCCUCCGUGCUCUGGAACCUGAAGAGCCGUUACCAAAGCAAACUCAUCUACACCUAUUCCGGACUGUUUUGCGUGGCAGUGAACCCCUACAAACGCUUUCCGAUCUACACGCCAACCGCCGUGAAGCUGUACCUGGGCAAACGACGCAACGAGGUGCCUCCACAUCUCUUUGCCAUUUCCGACACUGCCUACAGGAAUAUGCUCUCCAAGAGUCAAUGCCAAUCCAUUUUGGUGACGGGCGAAUCUGGGGCUGGGAAGACCGAAAAUACCAAGAAGGUCAUCUCCUACUUUGCUAUGGUGGGAGCUCGUGAGGAGAAGAAGCGUAAAUCUAAGAAGGCCUCGUUGGAAGAUCAAAUUGUCCAAACCAAUCCCAUUUUGGAGUCCUUUGGCAAUGCCAAAACCGCGAGGAAUGACAACUCGUCGCGAUUUGGCAAGUUCAUUCGGAUCCACUUCAAUGCCAGUGGAAAAUUGGCGGGUUGCGAUAUCGAAACCUAUUUAUUGGAGAAGUCUCGGAUCACGUUCCAGCAAGAAGUGGAACGCUCGUAUCAUAUCUUCUACCAAAUGAUGCAGAAGCUGGACUCCGGACCAGACAUCAAGAAGUUGUGCCACUUGUCGGAUGAUAUCUAUGACUACCACUAUGUUAGUCAGGGCAAGACCUCUGUCCCGUCCAUUGAUGACAAGGAGGAUUUGGAGUUCACCCAUGACGCCUUCAACAUUCUUCAUUUUACGGAAGAGGAGACCAUCAACAUCUACAAAGCCGUGGCUGCCGUAAUGCAUAUGGGCGAAGUGAAAUUCAAACAAAAAGGGCGUGAGGAACAAUGCGAACCUGAUAGCCCGGAACAAGCCAAAAAAGUGGCAGAUCUCCUUGGAAUUGAUCCUGAAGCCAUGAUGAAGGCCUACUGCAAGCCGAAGAUCAAGGUUGGAACCGAAUGGGUCACCAAAGGUCAAAAUAUUGAUCAAUCCACCCAGGCCGUAGCGGGUAUUGCCCGUGGUCUGUACGAUCGAAUCUUCCGAUUCCUAGUGGAGAAAUGUAACGAGACUCUCGUUGAUCCCACCAUGAAGAAAGUGGUCUUCAUUGGUGUCCUGGAUAUCGCUGGAUUUGAGAUAUUCAAGUUCAACGGGUUCGAGCAGCUCUGCAUCAACUUUUGUAAUGAGAAACUUCAGCAGUUCUUCAACCAUCAUAUGUUCGUCUUGGAACAGGAAGAGUACAUCCGUGAGGGUAUUGAUUGGCAAAUGGUUGAUUUUGGGAUGGAUCUGCAAUCCUGUAUCACAAUGUUUGAGAAGCCCAUGGGGAUUUUGGCGAUCCUAGAAGAGGAAUCCCUGUUCCCAAAGGCCACGGACAAGACCUUCGAGGAAAAGUUGAAGUCCAAUCAUUUAGGCAAGAGUCCCAAUUUUGCCAAAGCCUCGACCAAAAGCGACAAAAACGCCAACUUUGCCGUGGUCCAUUAUGCUGGGACAGUCUCGUACAACGUGACUGGAUGGUUGGAGAAGAACAAGGAUCCACUGAACGAUACCAUGGUUGAGUUGGUGAAGAAUGGCUCCAACAACCUGAUCAUUCACGUGUUCGCCGAUCAUCCUGGUCAAAGCCCGCUCCCCGAGGAUAAGACCAAGAAGGGCAAGAAAGCCAAGGGUAGUGGAAGCAAGACCGUAUCCUCGUUCUACAAAUCGCAAUUAGACUCCUUGAUGUCUACCCUCCAUGCCACCGAACCUCAUUUCAUUCGUUGCAUUGUGCCCAAUGGCAACAAGAUGCCUGGCGAGAUCGACUCAGGACUGGUCCUUCACCAACUCACCUGCAAUGGUGUCUUGGAAGGCAUCCGUAUCUGUAUGAGAGGCUUUCCCAAUCGAAUGCCGUAUCCCGAGUUCUGCACACGUUAUGCUAUCUUGAACGCCAAUAAAAUCUCCCAGAUGUCCAAUAAAGACCCCAAGAAGAUCACGGACACGAUCUGCAAUGACUUCAUAGACAAAGAGCGCUUCCGCGUGGGGCACACCAAGGUGUUCUUCAGGGCGGGAGUCUUGGGCUACCUGGAGGAAGUUCGAGACGAUAUUGUCUUAAAACUGGUACGAUUCCUCCAAGGUGCGUGUUAUGGGUUCUUGAGGAGAAAGGAUUUCGAGAAAAAACGGCAGCAAAGGGAACUGAUUCGCGUGAUCCAAAGGAACUUCAGGCAGUUCUUAUCUUUGCGUAAUUGGGGUUGGUUCAGUAUCAUCCAAAAGACCAAGCCAUUGAUCGGGAUGAUUAACAUUGAAGAGGAGAUCAAGUUCCUGGAGGACGCCGCCAGUAAGGCCACCAGUGCAGUCGAGUCCGAAGAGAAUGAACGCAAGCGUCUAGAAGAGGAGAACAAGCGCCUUCAGGAAGACACUUUGGCCAUGAUGAAGAGGAUCGAGGCCGAGCAAGGAGAUCUGGUUCAAUAUCAAGAGCGAUCGGCCAAAGCUGCCACCCAGAAGGCGUGUCUUGAGUUGGAGUUAAAUGACAACCAAGAAAAGCUUGACAAUGAAUCUCGCCGGAAGGACGAACUCCACGAUCAGAAACGAGCUUUGGAAUCGGAAGUAGGCAACAUCCGCAAGGACUUUAUUGACAUGGAAGAGCAAUUAGCCAAAGCUGAAACGGAGAAAACCACGCGGGACCACAAGAUGAGGAACUUGAACGAUGAUAUUGCCAACUUGGAUGAGGUCAUUUCCAAGUUGAAUAAGGAGAAAAAAUACGUUCAAGAGAACAACAGCAAGGCCAACGAAGACCUCCACUCUGCUGAGGAUAAGGUCAACCAUUUGAACAUGGUCAAGGCAAAAUUGGAACAGACCAUGGAUGACCUGGAAGACACCUUGGAACGGGAGCGACGGGCUAAAAAUGACAUCGAAAAGCAACGCCGAAAAGUCGAAGGGGACCUGAAGGUCCAGCAAGAAAUGGUCAUGGAUAUGGAGAAGGGCAAGCGUGAGCUUGAAGGCGUGGUCCAAAGAAGGGAACGGGACAUUGCCGAGAUGAACGCCAGACUUGAGGGCGAACAAGCAGGGUAUGCCAAGCAACAACGCCAUGUCAAGGAGACGCAGGCCCGCGUGGAGGAAUUGGAAGAGGAACUCGAGGCCGAGAGGCAAGCUCGUGCCAAGGCCGAGCGACAAAAGCAAGACCUUGGACGCGAGUUGGAAGAGUUGUCUGAGCGACUGGACGAGGCCUCUGGCGCUACCACCGCCCAAAUGGAACUGAAUAAGAAACGAGAAAUGGAAGUCCAACGACUUCGCAAGGAUCUGGAAGAAGCCACCAUCCAACAGGAGUCAAUCAUUCUGAGCUUGAAAAAGAAGCAUCAGGAUGCUAUUGGUGAAAUGAGCGAACAGAUGGAUCAGCUCGGCAAGCUGAAGGUCAAAGUUGAACAUGACAAGACAAUCAUUCAGAGAGAAACUGAGGAACUACGAGUAACCAUGGACGAACUUGUCCGUUCCAAGGCUUCGGCUGAGAAAGCCAACAAGGGUUUGCAAGCUCAAUUCGGCGAGCUGAACAAACGUUUGGCUGAAGGAAACCUCCAACUCUCCGACAUGGAUAAUGGGAACAAAAAGUCCAUGGCAGAAAAUGGAGAAAUCCUCCGGCAAUUGGAAGAAGUUGAAAGCAACAUUUCCAUGUUGAAUAAGACUAAGAUCCAAUUGACCAACUCGUUGGAAGAUGCCAAGCGAUCAGCCGAUGAUGAAGCCAAAGAAAGGCAAUCUCUCUUGGGAAGAUAUCGUAACUUGGAACAUGAGUUCGAUGGCAUGAACGCCAUCUACGAGGAGGAAUUGGCCUCCAAGGAAGACCUGGCUAGACAAGCCAAGAAGGCCGAAUUGGAAGCAAAUCAAUGGCGUCAAAAGUACGAGUUGGAAGGUAUCGCGAAGAUAGAGGAGCUUGAGAACUCAAAGCUGAAGCUGCAAGCCCGUCUAACUGAAUGCGAGGGCACGGUGGAGAACCUGAACUCCAAAUUGAUCCAAUUAGACAAGACCAAGACUCACUUGCAGCAAGAGAUUGACAAUAUGACGAACCACGUGGACAACGCCAAUAUGCAAUACUCUCAAAUGGAGAAAAAGAUUCGGCAAUUCGACAAAAUCAUCGGGGAUUGGAAGCACAAGGCUGAUGGUUUGGCCGAUGAAUUGGACCAAUCCCAAAAAGAGUGCCGGAAUGUGGCUACGGAGCUCUUCCGUGUCAAGAAUGGCUACGAGGAUGCUAGCAACCAAUUGAAUGAGGUCCGUCGUGAAAACCAGACCCUAACCGAUGAGAUUAAGGACCUCAUGGAGCAAAUCUCCGAAGGCGGACGUUCCAUCCACGAGAUCGAAAAGCAGCGAAAGCGACUUGAAACCGAGAAGAAAGAGCUUCAAGGAGCUCUGGAAGAGGCUGAGGCUGCUUUGGAACAAGAGGAGAACAAAUUCCUCCGUGCUCAAGUUGAGCUGAGCCAAGCUCGACAAGAGAUCGAGCGACGUCUGGCCGAGAAGGAAGAAGAGUUCGACGCCGCUCGACGGAGCCAUCAAAAGGGCAUUGAAAUGAUGCAAUCCAAUCUCGAGGCGGAGAUGAAGGCCAAGGCUGAAGCCCAAAGGAUGAAGAAGAAACUCGAGGCCGAUGUCUUGGAACUCGACUCUGCCUUGGAACAUGCUCACGCCACACACCAGGAGAACCAGAGGACGAUCGAUAAAUAUCAAAACUCUAUCCGAGAAUCCCAAAUACGCUUCGAUGACGAGCAAAAGGUGAAGGCCAUCGCUCGCGAGAACAUGCUGAACGCCGAGCGUCGAGCUCACACCCUGCAGAACGCCUUGGAGGAGAUCCGUACGCUUUUGGAACAAGCGGAUCGCGCUCGACGAGCGGCCGAACAAGAGCUAAGCGAGUGCAAUGAGACCAUGAGUGAUCUUAGCGUGCAAAACCAAUCGUUGGCCGCCAACAAGCGCCGACUUGAAGGCGAAAUGGACAACCUAAGGCAAGACUUGGAUGAUAUGAAAAUGGAGACCAUGAUGACCGAAGAUAAGGCCAGGAAGGCCAUGAUGGACGCGGCGCGAAUCUCAGAGGAACUUCGAAUGGAACAGGAUCUAACGCACCGCUUGGAGAACGAGCGAAAAAUGUUGGAUGCUCAAGUCAAGGACCUUCAAAUUCGCUUGGACGACGCUGAAAUGAACGCCAUGAAGAAUGGUCGCAAAGCUGCUCAGAAGAUGGAGAGUCGGAUCAAAGAGUUGGAGAGCGAAUUGGAUUCCGAGCAACGUCGUUUGGGCGAUUCGAUGAAGAACUUGAAGAAGAACGAGCGAAAGAUCAAAGAGAUGGACUUUCAAGAGGCCGAGGAUCGAAAGCAACACGAGCACAUGCAAGAUUUGGUAGAGAAGUUGCAAAUGAAGCUCCGCAACUACAAGAAACAAAUCGAAGAGGCCGAGGAGAUUGCCGCUAUGAAUUUGGCCAAAUUCCGCAAAACUCAGGUCGAAACCGAGGAGUCCGAGGAGCGUGCCGAUCUAAGCGAACAGGCUCUGUCCAAAUAUCGGGUCAUGGGACGAUCCAACACUCCCAAUCCGGGACAAUUGGGUUUAUAUCCUUCCAAUAUGCCCGGCCACGUCAAGCUUGGAAAGUCUGGGGAGCCCGAUCCCGAUCCGGCUCCUUAUCUCAUGAUCUCCAUGGAGAUGAAGAGAGCUGACAUGCUCAAGCCUUACGAUCCAAAAAAGUCCUACUGGGCUCCUGAUGGUCAAGGUGGCUUCAAGGAUGGUAUCUUGGAGAGCGACGAUGGUACCAAGGCCACCAUUAUGUUUGGGCACGAGAAAAAAGUGUUCAAGUCCUCUGAGGUGGGCCAAGUCAACCCUCCCAAGUUCGAGAAAUGUGAGGACAUGGCCAAUUUGACCUUUCUCAAUGACGCUUCCGUCUUCUGGAACUUGAAGACCCGGUUCCAGGCCAAAAUGAUCUACACCUACUCUGGACUCUUCUGUAUUGUGGUGAACCCCUACAAACGGUUCCCCAUCUACACCCCAACCGUUGUGAAGAUCUACUUGGGCAAGAGGAGGAAUGAGGUGCCACCCCAUUUGUGGGCCAUCACUGAAACUGCCUACCGGAACAUGUUGCAAAACUCCAAGGAUCAGUCCAUGUUGAUCACUGGUGAGUCCGGAGCCGGAAAGACCGAGAACACCAAGAAGGUCAUUUCCUACUUGGCCAUGGUGGCCUCGUCAGGCAAGAAGAGUGGCAAGAAGGUCUCACUUGAGGACCAGAUCGUGGCUACCAAUCCCAUCUUGGAGUCCUACGGCAAUGCCAAAACAUCCAGGAAUGACAACUCCUCCCGAUUCGGUAAAUUCAUCCGUAUCCAUUUCACCUCGUCUGGUAAAUUGGCUGGUUGUGAUAUUGAGUCCUAUCUGCUGGAAAAGUCUCGUAUCACUCAUCAACAAGAGGUCGAGCGAUCCUACCAUAUCUUCUACCAAUUGCUCAUGCCUUUCGUGCCCGACAUGAAGGCCAAAUGCGAGUUGUCCGACGACAUCUACGACUACAGUUACGUGUCUCAAGGCAAAACUACUGUGGCAUCCAUUGAUGACAAUGAGGAGUUGGAAUACACCGACAACGCCUUUGACAUCUUGGGCUUCUCUGAGACUGAAAAGUGGGAUUGCUUCAAGCUCACAGCUGCUGUCAUGACCAUGGGCGAGAUCAAGUUCAAGCAGAAGGGUCGUGACGACCAGGCUGAACCUGAUGAUCUUUGCUUCCCCAACAAGGUGGCCACCCUCUUUGGAUGCAGCGUUGAUGAGUUGAUGAAGAGCUUCUGCAAACCAAAGAUCAAGGUCGGAACUGAGUGGGUGACCAAGGGUCAGACUUGCGAUCAAGCCACCAACUCCGUUGGUGGUAUUGCCAGGGCCAUCUUUGACCGCAUCUUCAAGUGGCUGAUCAUCAAGUGUAACGAUACACUAAUUGACCCCACCAUGAAGAAGUCCCACUUUGUGGCUGUCUUGGAUAUUGCUGGUUUCGAGAUCUUUGAGUACAAUGGCUUCGAACAGAUCUCCAUCAACUUUGUCAAUGAGAAGCUGCAGCAAUUCUUCAACCAUCACAUGUUUGUGGUGGAGCAAGAGGAAUACAUUGCAGAGGGUAUUGAUUGGGCCAUGGUGGAUUUCGGUAUGGAUUUGGCUGCUUGCAUCAUCAUGUUUGAGAAUCCAAUGGGCAUCUGGGCCAUUCUGGAGGAGGAGUCCCUCUUCCCCAAGGCCACUGACAAGACCUUUGAAGACAAGUUGAAGGCUCAGCAUAUGGGCAAGUCACCCCCAAUGGCCAAGCCUCAUUCCAAGACGGACAAGAACGCUCACUUUGCCAUCAUUCAUUAUGCUGGUACCGUCUCCUACAACGUCACUGGAUGGCUGGAGAAGAACAAGGAUCCCGUCAAUGACACUGUUGUCGACGUCUUGAAGCGAUCUGCCAACGAACUCUUGGUUCUCUUGUGGAAAGAACAUCCUGGUCAAUCCAUUCCACCAGAGGAAACCGGUGGCAAGAAGAAGAAGAAGGGAGGUGGAGCCAAGACCGUGUCUUCCGUGUACUUGGUCCAAUUGGGAGAACUCAUGCACACGUUGCACAGCACUGAGCCUCACUUCAUCCGCUGCAUUGUGCCUAACACGCACAAGAAGCCGGGAGAGGUCGAGCCUCCUCUCAUCAUGCACCAGCUCACUUGUAAUGGUGUGCUUGAGGGUAUUCGCAUCUGUAUGAGAGGAUUCCCCAACAGAAUGAUGUAUCCCGACUUCAUGAGCCGAUACCAGAUCUUGGGUCAAGAUGAGAUCACCAAGGCGGCUGACAACAAGAGCGGUGUCUAUGCUCUCUUGGACAAAGUUGAAUUCUCUCGCGAUAAGUAUCGUCUUGGACACACCAAGGUGUUCUUCAGGGCUGGUGCUUUGGCCGCUCUUGAAGAGGAGCGCGACACCAUUGUCUUGAAGCUGGUCCGAUGGAUGCAAGGUCAAUGCUUUGGUUUUUUUCGCAGGAAGGACUAUGCCAAGCGUCGCGACCAACGUGAGCUCCUCAAAGUCAUCCAACGUAACUUUAGGAAGUACAUGCAAUUGCGAAACUGGGGAUGGUUCAUCAUCAUUCAGAAGACUCGACCUCUCAUUGGUCAAACCAACAUUGAGGAUGAACUUCGUCUUUUGGAGGAGAAGGCCAACGAGGCUUAUGGAGCUUAUGAAGAAGCUCUUGAGGUUACAAAACGAUUGGAAGAGGAGAACAAAGUAAUCGAGCAAGAAAAAACUGCUUUGACCAAGCAACUGGAAUCCGAACAGGGCAAUCUCUCUCAGUAUCAAGAGCGUCAAGCCAAGGCAGCGGCCCAAAAGGCUGACUUGGAAAGCCAGCUUACCAUCAAACAAGCCGAGUUGUCCAGAGAAGAACAAGAUCGCCAAUCCAUGACCGGAGAUAAACGGUCUAUGGAAGGAGAAGUUUCAGCCAUCAAGAAAGAUAUUGCUGACUUGGAGCAAACCUUGUUGAAACUCGAGCAAGAAAAAACUAAUCGUGAUCACAUGAUCAGGUCUCUCAACGAUGAGGUCAGCUCUCAAGAUGAGGUUAUCAACAAGCUUAACAAGGAAAAGAAGCAUAUUGGAGACAACCAAUCCAAGGCUUCCGAAGAUCUGCAAUCCGCCGAAGAUAAGGUUGAUCACUUGAACUCGAUCAAGUCCAAGUUGGAACAAACUUUGGAUGAGCUCGAGGAUUCUGCCAACCGGGAAAAGAGGGCUCGAGCUGAUUUGGAGAAACAACGCCGAAAGGUCGAGGGAGAGCUUAGAAUUUCCCAAGAAACUGUUGUAGAUUUGGAAAAUGCUAAGCGGGAGUUGGAGAAUACCAUCGCUCGUAAAGAGAAAGACAUCCAAGGAUCUACAGCUAAAUUGGAAGACGAACAAGGAGUCGUCGGCAAGGUACAAAAACAAAUUAAGGAGAAUCAAGCCCGAGUUGAGGAAUUGGAAGAGGAGUUGGAAGCUGAACGCCAAGCUCGAGCUAAGGCUGAGCGUCAACGCUCAGACCUUGCUCGAGAGUUGGAAGAACUUGGCGAGCGUUUGGACGAAGCUGGCGGAGCCACCUCUGCUCAAAUUGAGUUGAACAAGAAACGCGAUGCCGAGGUGAACAAGAUGCGCAAGGAUCUUGAGGAAAUCAACAUCCAGAAUGAGGCGGUUCUUUCCAAUUUGAAGAGGAAGCAUCAAGAUGCUAUUCAAGAGAUGUCUGAACAAAUUGACCAAUUGUCCAAGAUGAAGUCCAAGAUUGACAAGGACAAGACCAAGAUUCAGCAUGAGAUUGCCGAUGCUAGGGCCGCAGCCGAUGAGAUUUCCAGGGCAAAGGCCUCUGCAGAGAAGGCCAACAAGAACUUGGUAGCCACCCUCAAUGACUUGAACAAGAAGGUUGAGGAGGCCAACAUGAGCUUAGGUGAUUUCGAGAACGCCAAGAGGAAGGUCGCCGCAGAAAACGGCGAUCUCCUCCGUGCCGCAGGGGAAAUUUCUAACAAUUUGGACAUGCUCAUGAAGGCCAAGCACUCUCUCCAAUCCAGCUUGGAGGAGGCAAAACGAAUGGCUGACGAUGAAGCCAGGGAGCGCCAAUUGCUUUUGGGCAAAUACAGGAACAUGGAGCACGAGGUCGAUGCCAUGAAAGAUCAAUUGGAUGAGGAGACUGCCAACCGGGAGGACAUUGUCCGUCAAGUUAACAAAGCCGAGGCUGAAGCUAACAUGUGGCGUCAACGAUAUGAGACCGACGCCGUUGCUAAGGCUGAAGAGCUUGAAAUGUCCAAGAUGAAGAUGCAGGCUCGUCUCACAGAGGCCGAAAGUACCAUUGAGAAUCUCAACAACAAGCUGGCUCAAAUUGAAAAGGCUAGGAGCAAGUUGCAAUCUGAGAUUGAGGAGAUGAACAUCAAUCUCGAUCAAGCUCAGAUCUUGAACAACCAGAUGGAAAAGAAGGCCCGUCAAUUCGACAAGAUUGUUGGAGAGUGGAAGAGGAAGGUCGAUGGCUUGAGCAUGGACUUGGACAAUUCUCAAAAGGAUUGCCGAAAUGCUUCCUCAGAGCUGUUCAGGAUCAAGUCCGCCUACGAAGAACAAGUCAUUCAAUUGGAUGAGGUUCGAAAGGAGAAUUUAAACCUGAGCACCGAGAUCAAGGACAUCAUGGACCAAAUCAGCGAAGGUGGACGAUCCAUCCACGAGAUUGACAAGAUCCGCAAGCGUCUCGAGGCCGAAAAGAUGGAGCUCCAAGCCGCCCUCGAGGAGGCUGAGGGUGCUCUUGAGCAAGAAGAGAAUAAGGUCCUUCGCGCUCAAUUGGAGCUCACUCAAGUGAGACAAGAGAUCGAGCGACGCAUCGCCGAGAAAGAGGAAGAGUUCAUGGCUAUCAAGAAGAACAUGUCAAAGGCUGUUGAUGGUAUGCAACAAGCUCUCGAACAAGAGGGCAAGGCUAAGGCCGAGGCUCAGCGCAUGAAGAAGAAGUUGGAAGCUGACGUCGGCGAAUUGGAGAUGUCUUUGGAACACGCCAAUGCCAACAACUUGGAGACUCAAAGGGCUAUCAAGAAGUACCAACAACAAAUUCGUGAGGCCCAAGGCAAAUUCGAGGAAGAACAAAGGCUCAAAUCUGCCGCAAGAGACGACCUUGUUGGAGCUGAGCGUCGUGCUCAUUCCAUGCAAAAUGCUUUGGAGGAGGCCCGCACUCUUUUGGAACAAACUGACCGCAACCGUCGUGCCAUUGAACAAGACUUGUCUGACACCAACGAGACUUUGAGCGAUGCCAGCGUCCAAAACCAAGCUAUCGCCGCGGCCAAGAGGAAACUUGAAUCCGAGAUGCACACUUUGCAAGCUGAACUCGAUGAAAUGUCGGCUGAGGCCCGUUUGUGCGAGGAUAAGGCUGGCAAGGCCAUGGUGGACGCUGCUCGUUUGGCAGAGGAACUCCGUGCCGAGCAGGACUUGGCUCAGUCUCUUGAGCGCGACCGAAAGGUUCUCGAGGCCCAAGUUAAGGACAUUCAUGCCCGUUGCGAUGAGGUCGAGACCAACGCCCUCAAGGGAGGCAAGAAGGCCAUGAGCAAGAUGGAGACCAGGAUCCGCGAGCUCGAAUCCGAGAUGGAUUGCGAGAAUCGUCGUUUGGGAGAUGCUACCAAGAAUCUCCGCAAGUCCGAACGCCGCAUCAAGGACCUCACUUUUGCCGCUGAGGAGGACCGUAAGAAUCACGAGAGAAUGCAAUCUCUGAUCGACCAACUCCAAGGCAAGAUUCGUUCGUACAAGAAGCAGAUCGAAGAGGCUGAAGAAAUUGCCGCCUUGAAUUUGGCCAAGUACCGCAAAGUCCAGGGCGAUUUGGGAGAGGCUCAAGAGCGUGCUGAUUUGAAUGAGCAAGCUUUGGCCAAAUAUCGCGCCCGUGGCCGCAGUACCUCCAUGGGACCCCAAUAAGAAAAUCACAAUUUUCAGAUUCCAUUCACAUGAAGAGGCAUAGCAAACAUAUGAUUCGGUCUAAAUUUCUCGACAAAUAAAUUUGAAUCAAAAUUA